CCAUUCUACACGCUCCAAUGAAACGACAAUUCAUCCUCUAUCCCACGUUCAUCUUUGCCUUCUGCAUUACUUUUCAAGCCAUAGGCCCUGCACCCACCCAGUGACUAUACAUGUACCAGAGGAGCAGUUGGCCUCGAUAGAUGAGCUUUCAAACUACAAUGGCUUCUUCUUCUCUAAUGGUUCAAUUUUUCUUGUAGCACAGUGAUUUUUUCAGUCUCUUUCUCAGGAUUUUAUUGAACAGCAGUAUUAGGUCUGCUGUAGACUAAAUAGCUCCUGAACUGCAUCAGCACUUUUCAGCUUUGGCUGCUGCACUUUCUUUUUCGCUUCAUCUGGGAACUGCUCUUUCCUUCCUGAUCUCACAUGAGUAUAUAUGAUUUGUAAGGUAGGACGCAUUUAAGUAGAUCUUUACAAACCAAUUUCACUGUGUGGACUGGAAGAAAGUUAAGAUAUGCAGACUCCUAAAGCAAGAAAAACUUCUACCGGAACAUCUCAAAAAGCCUCUCCUCAAUCUAUGUCCUCUGAAGUGCCUCAUAAGACCUCUCCUCGAGCUGGUUCUUCAGAAAUGUCCCAAAAGAGUUCUCCUCAAGUUGUACGCAAACUGAAGACAGCUGCACGAGAUUCAGAUCAACCUGCCUCUUCUUCGAAUUUGUAUAGUAGGGUGCCAAAGGAGAUAAGUCCUAAAGUUGCCGAUCGUAGGCUAUCCAAUAGCCCGGUGUCCGAGAAGCAGCGUCCAAGCAAGGUUGCUGAACUAGAACACCAGAUAUCUCAGCUUGAGCAUGAUCUAAAAACUGUGAAGGAUCAGCUAUGCUCUUCAGAAGCAUCAAAGAAACAAGCCCUGAAAGAUUCAGAGGAAUCGAACCAGAAGCUCUUGGCCCUAUCGGCAAAACUCGAAGAAUCCCGUAAGCAACUUUUGGAGCAGUCAAACAUAGAGAAAGGACACAUAAUUGAGAUUUGUAAGAACUCUGAGGAACGGGAUCGGACAUUACAAUCUGAACUUGAUGCUAUAAAAAAUGAUCUGUCAGUCGAUUCUGCUGCGUUAACCUCUGCCCUAAAUGAGAUCAAGCAACUUAAACUGCAGCUUGAAAUGGUAGCAGAGUCUGAAGCUACCCAGACGAAGAACUCAGAAUCAGCGCAAAGUGAGCUCCAUAAUCUGAAAGAGAAACUUGGCGAAACUCUUUUGAUUGUGGAAGAUAUGAAAAAACAGCUGAGAGACUGCACAGAAUCAGAAGCUCGUGCUCAAGUACUUGCAGGGGAAACACUAAAGCAACUGGAAAUAGCAAAAAAGACCGUGGAGAGCCUUAGAUCGGAUGGAUUUAAGGCCAUUGAAGUAUAUGAUGCUAUAGCUUCUGAGUUGGGCCAGUCAAGAGCUCGCGUUACAUUUCUGGAAGAGCUUGUUAGCAAACUCAAGUCUGGCACCAGUGAUUCUCUAAAUGAAGGUGAUUGUAAAACUGAUUUUGAAAGUAAAGAGAGUGAAAGAAGUGAAGAAUCAAUAGAAGCUGAGGUGACUUCUUCUAAACUUGAGGUUGAACGACUAAGACGUGCUUUAGAAGCAGCUGAAAUCAAAUAUAAUGAAGAACAAUCUCGAAGUGCAGAACAGAUGAGAAGUGCUUAUCAAUUGAUGGAACAGAUGAAGUCCCAGUCAAGCCAGAGAGAGGCCGAGCUCGAGUUUAAGCUACGGCUAUCUGAAGAUGAAAUGGAGGAGUUGAAAGAAAAUCUGAUGGACAAGGAAACUGAAUUACAAGGUAUCUGUGAUGAGAACGAGCAGCUGAUGGUUAGGCUUGAAACUUCACUACAAGACCAGAGGGAAUAUGAACUGGAAAAGGAGCUCCAGAAAUCAAAGAAAGACUUGGAGGAUUUGAGAGCCAAUUUGAUGGAUAAAGAAACUGAGUUGCAGUAUGUAUCAGAGGAGAACGAAACGCUGAAGUUAAAAAUCAAGGAAAUCAACAUGGGUAACCUAAGCGAUGAAGUUGCAUCUGAAGUAGAGUCAGCAAGGUGUGCAGAGCAGGAGGCUCUUAUGAAGGUUGAGUACAUGACAGAGGAAGUUGAAAAGAAUAACAGGAGGACCACUCGAAUGGCUGAGCAGUUGGAAGCAGCGCAAGCAACCAAUGCAGAAAUGGAAACUGAUUUGAGAAGGCUAAAGGUUCAGUCUGAUCAGUGGAGGAAAGCUGCAGAGGCUGCUGCUUCCAUGCUUCCAGUCGGAAAUAAUGGGAAACUCAUGGAAAGAACUGGAUCAAUGGACAGCAACUAUAGCCCUAGGAUGGGAAAGAUAAGUUCACCUUGUGCAGAGAAUGUUGACGAAGAUUUGCUAAAGAAGAAAAAUGCCAACAUGCUUAAAAGGCUCGGGGUCCUGUGGAAGAAGCCACAGAAAUAGAAGCAGAUACCACUAGUGGUUGUACUAGCAGCAGUCCCUUAUCACUAAAACUAUUCGCAGCGCUUUGAUGUUUCCUCAUCUUUUACCUAUAUCUCUUUAGAAUGUCUGCGCAUUUUGGUCGCUUAAUUGUGAACCAUGAUAUUGCUUUUCUAUGUAUGACAGUAAUUUCCAUGGCAUUAGAAUUCAUAAUUCUAUUGGCUUUUCUCUCUUUCAAA